GCCGGCUACUCAGUGCGCUUCAACUGUCCGGAACGCUUUUCACUCGACUUGGCCGAAAACCUUCACCUCCUUCAGGAGGUCCUCGGCGGACCCCUGAGCUCGGCCCUGAUUUUCGCCAACGCUGGUUUCACUGGCAGUAUUCUUCCGGCGGACAACACCGACUGUGACGUGUUCCUGUUUCAGCUGGAGGGCAGUGCGACCUUGUCUAUCAAGGAGUCUUCGUAA